GCUUCCUUCUUCUCUUGCUUAGUAUCUCUUUGCCAAAGUGCCCUCAUCAUUCACGCCCAGGGAGAGAGACAAAUAGAUGCCCGUGGACUGCACAUCACGUGGUCGGUGCUAACAUGGCCAACAUUUCAUCCGUGAUUGGCAUCGAGCGAACAGUCAAGUCAAGACAGAUAUUUGCAAUCCCCAUCGUAAUCCCAAACCUCUUGUUCUGGAUGUUGUUAUGCGAAAGCCAGACCUUCCAUUGUGCUUCGACGGGGGCGAUAUGCGAAAACUAGCCCGAGAGCAAGGCAUUAGAAAAAGAUCUGCUUCGAAA